AAUUUUAAAAUCCUCAGUUGAAGAACACCCCAUUGUCUGAGAGGGAGAGUGAGAGAGAGAGAGAGAGAGAGAGAGAGAGAGAGAUGCCACUGGGAAAAUACUACUGCGACUACUGCGAUAAGCAGUUCCAAGACACCCCCUCCGCUAGAAAGCGCCAUCUCCAGGGCCUUCAGCACCAGAGAUCCAAAGCCCUCUGGUUCGAUUCCUUCAAAGAUCCAUAUCAGACUUACCCAGAGAGCUUUACCAAAGGAGUUUGUAAUCGAUUUAUCCGAACGGGAUUUUGUCAAUAUGGAGAUUCUUGUAAAUACUUACAUCCGAAACAGAACUUACAAAAUGCGAAUACUGAACCCAUGAGAGGGACUAGUGUCACAGAUAAUAUCCAGUCACCAGUUCCCGGAAAUCAGUUGGUUGGUGGAUCAGGCAAUGUGGUCAGAGAGAGCAUUGGGAUAUCAUGGGGUAAUCUUCCUCCCUCACUGAAACCUCCUCCAGAGGGUGGAUAUCCGCCUCUUCCCUUUUUGGAUUGGGGAUAGGUUGAAGCUAUAGAUGAUUGGAGGCAUCAAACACCACAGAAUCCUUCAUUUUAUUUUAUUUUUUCAAUCUUGAACAAUGAGUCAUCAGAGCAAUCACAAGAAGCAGAAUUCAAAGAGGAUUUCAAUCACAUGCAUUUUAAUCCAUUGGAGCAUCUGAUCAAACAAAACUUCAAUCAAUAUUCAGAUUGGUGCACAAUAGAUCUUGAAUGUUAACAUGCCCCUGGAGCUAUUCAACCUACUCACUGAGAGCUAAGAGCAUUGUUAUUAUUGUUUUAUAUGCAUGUGCACAUUACAAGAAUGUUUGCAAUAUCAGUAUCUUGUUUAGGAGUGUUUUUACAAUCUUAUUGAAAUAACAUUAGUAUACCAUUAUACUCA